AUGGCAGGCAGAGGUACACACGAUAAUAAUAGAUAUGGAGAGCGGCCCCGUAAACCGCUACCGACGGAACCGCCGUUCCUUGCGUACGUUGGUAACCUUCCGAAUGGCAUCGUGCAGGGCGAUAUUAACUCCAUCUUCAAAGAAUAUGCGGUAAAGAGCGUGCGUCUUGUGAAGGACAAGGAAACGGAUGCAUUCAAAGGAUUUUGCUAUGUCGAGUUCGAUACGCUGGAAGAUUUGGAAAAGGUGCUCAUGCUGGACCGUAUGAUUGUGCUGAACGAACGACCGGAACCGUUGCGGAUUGAUGUGGCCGAGCAGAAGAAAAAUGAUCGCGGAGGAUUUAAUAGGCGAGGUGGUCAACAGAAUCGUGGAGGUCCAGGUGGACCUGGCGGCGGUGGUGGUGGCGGCUACAACCGUGGCGGACCCAAUCAGAUGAAUAAUCGGCCGAUCAGCAGUGGCGGAGGUGGUAGUAGCGGUAGUGGUGGUAUGGAUAGACAUUAUGGUAACGAUUACUCCCGAAACGAUUACGAUAGAAACCGCGGUGGACGUCCGAAUAACUACAACGACCGAGCACCAAACCGAGGGAGGUACGGGAACUUUGGUGAUGAACGUGACGGUGGUGGUCGGGACGAAUGGAAUCGUGAUCACGAUCGGGAUGGACGUGGUGGAGGUGGCGGUCGCUACAACGAUCGCGACAACUACGGUCGCGACGAUGGCAAUAGGUACGGCAAUUUCGGUCGUAAUAACCAAUACCGCGACAAUGAUCGAAGAAAAGACGCGCCACCCUCGCACUACCCGCCUCCAUCCAACCCCAAUCUCAACAUGGAGGAACGGCCCCGACUGAAGCUGGCACCGCGCUCGACGAACGCACCGCUGAACGCGCUGGCCGAAACGAAACAGGCGGCCGCCAUCUUCGGCAACGCGCGACCACGCGAAGAGAAGCUCGGUACGGAAACUGCAACGCGGAAGCACGCCAACAGUGUUGGCAGCGAGGGUAGCAGUGCGGACGGUGGUGCCGGUGGCAGUGCGUCCUCCGCUACGGUGGCAGAUAAUUAA